UCACGAUCUUACUGCCGCUCUCGUGAGCGAGGAGUGCAUUGAAGUGUAUUCUCAUUCCUUCUCGAAGUUCGAAACGGCCUCUUUUUUCGUUUCUCGGUUUCGCUUGGUCAUUCCGAUCAGGUGACGCUCGAUGGACGACUCUUGAGGUUAGAUUGUCUCAACACCGCAGACGAUCUUUACUUUCCUUCACGACUUCUUGGCUUUUCACUUUGUCGCAUUUCUCUCUCAUGGUCUCUCGAGAAGAAAAAUUCGCCAUUGCCGUCUGUAUUGCGAUCGAGUGCCAAUGACAUUCUACUAAAACUAAUUUGGAUUCAGUGGAAUUGUCAACUACCUGGAGAACUACUUCAAUCGUGUAGAGAUUCAAAAGGUGCAUACAUUCUAAGAAAACAUGCCUCUGUUUGGAAAGUCCCAAAAGAGUCCAGCAGAAGUUGUGAAGGCCCUCAAGGAGGCGGUAAAUGCAUUGGAACGUGGCGACAAGAAGGUAGAGAAGGCACAAGAAGACGUGAGCAAGAAUUUAGUGCACAUCAAAAACAUGUUAUACGGCACAGCUGAGACAGAGCCACAGGCAGACAUCGUGGUGGCACAGCUGGCGCAGGAAUUGUACAACAGCAAUCUACUACUUCUGCUUGUGCAAAAUUUAAGUCGCAUUGACUUCGAGGGAAAGAAGGAUGUUGCACAAGUCUUCAAUAACAUUUUGCGGAGACAAAUUGGAACUAGAUCACCCACUGUAGAAUACAUAUGUACCAAACCUGAAAUUCUUUUUACACUCAUGUCUGGUUACGAACACCAAGAUAUUGCACUCAAUUGUGGCACAAUGUUGCGAGAGUGCGCGAGAUAUGAAGCCCUGGCCAAGAUCAUGAUCUAUUCGGAUGACUUUUACAAUUUCUUCAGAUAUGUUGAAGUUUCUACGUUCGAUAUCGCAUCUGACGCUUUCUCUACGUUUAAAGAAUUACUUACGAGGCACAAAAUACUCAGCGCCGAAUUUUUAGAGAUACAUUACGAUAAAGUUUUUUCACACUAUCAGAGGUUACUCAAUUCAGAAAACUAUGUAACACGACGACAGAGUUUAAAACUGUUGGGCGAGUUAUUACUUGAUAGACACAAUUUUACAGUCAUGACACGAUAUAUAUCAAAUCCAGAUAAUUUAAAAUUGAUGAUGAAUAUGCUGAAAGAAAAGUCUCGCAAUAUACAGUUUGAAGCUUUUCACGUUUUCAAGGUAUUUGUGGCGAAUCCCAACAAACCCAAACCUAUUCUAGAUAUAUUACUCCGCAAUCAGGAGAAGCUGAUCGAAUUCCUGACGCGCUUCCACACGGAUCGUUCCGAGGACGAGCAGUUCAACGAUGAGAAGGCAUAUCUGAUUAAGCAGAUUAAAGAACUUAAGUCUGUACAUGAUAAUUAA